ACCAUGUCGGGCCCGAGCGCCGUGUCGGACCCGCAGCACCCGGCGCGGCUGCUGCGGGCGCUCAGCUCGUUCCGGGAGGAGACGCGGUUCUGCGACGCGCACCUGGUGCUGGAGGGCGAGGAGAUCCCGGUGCAGAAGAACAUCCUGGCGGCCGCCAGCCCCUACAUCAGAACAAAAUUGAAUUACAAUCCUCCAAAGGAUGAUGGCUCAACGUACAAGAUUGAACUCGAAGGGAUAUCUGUUGAUAUCAUGAAAGAGAUAUUAGACUACAUUUUCAGUGGGCAGAUCAGGCUAAAUGAAGAAACUAUCCAAGAUGUGGUACAGGCAGCUGAUCUCCUGCUGCUUACAGACUUAAAAACUCUCUGCUGUGAGUUUUUAGAAGGUUGCAUAGCUGCUGAGAACUGUAUUGGUAUUCGGGACUUUGCACUGCACUAUUGUUUGCAUCAUGUUCACUACCUUGCCUCAGAGUAUCUGGAAACUCACUUUCGAGAUGUCAGCAGCACAGAGGAAUUCUUGGAACUGACUCCUCAAAAACUGAAAGAAGUGCUGUCCAUGGAAAAGCUCAAUGUUGGAAACGAAAGAUACGUCUUUGAAGCGGUGAUUAGGUGGAUUUCUCAUGAUUCAGAAUCCAGAAAGGUCCACAUGAAGGAUGUGAUGUCGGCAGUGUGGGUGUCGGGGCUGGACGCGGCGUAUCUGCGCGAGCAGAUGAUGAGCGAGCCGCUGGUGCGCGAGAUCGUCAAGGAGUGCAACAACAUCCCCCUGACACCCCCGCAGCAGGGAGAGGCCAUGCUGGCCUCCUUCAAGCCCCGGGGCUACUCCGAGUGCAUCGUGACUGUUGGGGGGGAAGAGAGAGUAUCACGGAAACCAACCUCAGUGAUGCGGUGUAUGUGUCCUCUUUAUGAUCCCAAUAGACAGCUCUGGAUUGAACUUGCUCCUAUGAGUAUUCCAAGGAUCAAUCAUGGAGUAUUGUCAGCAGAAGGAUUUUUAUUUGUGCUUGGUGGUCAGGAUGAAAACAAGGGAACGCUAAGCUCUGGAGAGAAAUAUGAUCCAGACACCAAUUCAUGGAGUUCCUUACCACCAAUGCAUGAGGCAAGAUACAAUUUUGGUGUGGUAGAGAUUGAUGGGAUUCUGUAUAUUCUGGGAGGUGAGGAUGGUGAAAGGGAGCUGAUCUCUAUGGAGAGCUAUGAUAUUUAUAGCCGGACCUGGACCAAGCAGCCAGACUUGACCAUGGUUAGAAAGAUUGGCUGCUAUGCAGCUAUGAAGAAGAAAAUCUAUGCAAUGGGUGGAGGCUCCUAUGGAAAACUCUUUGAAUCUGUGGAGUGUUACGACCCCAGGACUCAGCAGUGGACAGCAAUCUGUCCUCUCAAAGAGAGGAGAUUUGGGGCAGUGGCCUGUGGAGUUGCCUCUGAGCUUUAUGUAUUUGGUGGGGUCAGGAGUCGUGACGACAGCCAAGCCAGUGAGAUGGUGACGUGCAAAUCAGAAUUUUAUCACGAUGAGUUUAAAAGGUGGAUUUAUCUAAAUGACCAGAACCUAUGUAUCCCAACUAGCUCUUCUUUUGUGUAUGGAGCUGUGCCCAUCGGAGCCAGCAUAUAUGUGAUUGGAGAUCUCGAUACAGGUACAAACUAUGACUAUGUUAGGGAAUUUAAGAGGAGCACGGGCACCUGGCAGCGCACCAAGCCGCUGUUCCCCUCGGACCUGCGCCGGACGGGCUGCGCGGCGCUGCGCAUCGCCAACUGCAAACUCUUCCGGCUGCAGCUGCAGCAGGGAUUGUUCCGCAUCCGCGUACCUUCUCCGUGAGCCCGUGCUGCCAGGGGACCAGACUGGAAGAGUUCUGUGCAGUCCACCAUAAUCUAGCUCUAUUUAAAGGAAAAGCUGAGAAAUUACAGCUGAAAAUUACACUGUAUGCUGUGCUUUGGUAUGGUAACUGUUUUUGUUUUAAAUGCUUACAAAGCUUGAGUCUCAGUACUUGUUUUGGGAACAAAUAACUUAAGUACACAUUAAAGAGAAGAGAAGGGGGAAAAUAAAAGGGGGAGAUCAAGGAAACACCUUCAGUCGUAACCAUUUGGAGUUUAAACCUUGGUAUUGAAGGAGGAUUUUGGGUCUGAAACUGGUGGGAAUCUGUUUCCUUUGGCGAAGCUUAUUGAAAAGCAAAAAACAAAAAAAGCUUUCAGGUGCGUUUCCCCUGCGGGGAACUGAUACGAAUCCAUGUGCUAUCUGGAACUGGAUAGCUGUAAUACACAGAAGCUACAUGACAACCAACCUCCCUGGUGUGCUGCUGUUGGAGCAUGAGGCCACAGGAGUUGUUGGUCAUUGCACCUUUUAUUUCUAGUCCUUUCUCAAAAGAUAAGGUCUGUGCCUAAAAAAUGGUGGAGGUGUGUACAUAUGGUUUUUCAUUGAUUUGCAACGGUUUCAUUCUGACAAAUAUUUUUAAUAUAUAUAAAAUGGACUAAUCUGAAAUGGAUACACCCCAGAAAAUGGAUACAGUACACCACAAAGAAGUAAACAGUUUUUUCCUACGCUGUCAUUCGAGUAGCCUGAUGAACUGGUCUGCAGGUGGGUGGCGUGUGCUUCUGGGUGGGCUUUGGUGGCUGUUUUCCUUCAAGUGAAAAGGAAAGACAUGUUUGGAACAGUUAGUGAUGAUUGCUGCUUUUGGUAAGAGCAAAAGGACAAACUAAAUAGUGUUCCUUUUUACUUGAGAUUGCUUGCAAGCUAAGAAUGGUUUUUAAGAUGGAGGAUUGUAGAAAGGUGUAUUUUAUGUCUCUUAGAACAAAGGUGAAAUAUGACAAGGAUAUAUUUAUUUUGCAGAAAACAUGGGGUUUGGACAAGAGUUAAGAAAAAUUUGUACAGUGACUUUAAAUUGGGAUCAAAAGUUGGUUUACUAAUGAUUACUGUGCUGCAGUACAGUCUUGUUUACUGCUGUCUGACUUUGAAAGCUGGGUUUUAAGGUGUGGUUAUAGUGAAGAACUUAGUAUCUUACGUUUUAUUUCUUACUAAGCCUUGUUCACAUCAGUAGUGAUAUUUAAUUGACUUUUUAUUUGUAGUCAAGAUUAGCUGGUAGAACAGUUUUACCUCAAUUUUUGAUUUUUUUGUUGUUGUGAUGGGUGGGACAUAACCUGUAUUUAUUUAAAAGGAAUAAAAUGGGAGAGAUGGAAAAUAGAAACAAUACCUCCUGUCCUUCAGAAAAAGAGACUUUGUACAACCAGUAUUAUAACUACAUACAAGACUUUCCACUCUGCAACUCUGUGGACCUCAGACAAGCCAAACUCUGCCCUCAGUUGUGUUAGUGUAAACCUUUGUCAUCUUUAUUGAAAUCAUCUUACAUACGUUGAAAUAUGAUCCCAAGCUAAUUCAAAAUAUUGGUAUUUCACUAAAUAGUCCUUGAAGAGCCAUUCUGAAACUUAUUUCUGGUCUGUCCUUCCAUAACACUGAUGUGGGGUUGGAAUUACUCUGAUUCCUGAGCAGAGGAGUGUGGGAGGGUGGGGAAAAGGGCAGCAGCCAAUCCAUUGACCUUUUUUAUUUUUAUUUUUUACAAUGCUGAAGUGCUGCAAAACUUGAAGUAUAUACAUCGAUUUUCUGACCUAUAUUAGUUGGCAUAUUAAAAAGUUUAUAUAUUUAUGCAUUGCAGUAACUUGGUGUGUGUAUAUAUAUGUCUUUAGAUUUUAAAUUUAUAUAUAAUGCUUUACUACAGAAAUGUGAACCACUAUUUCCAUCCUUGGCUGGCUUUUGAAAUAAAUCAAGUGCUGUUAGUUUAUCUGUUAAACUUCCCUUUUUUAAAAAAUCUUACAUGGAUCAAUUUUUUUUUCCUCAGACAAAGUGCCAAGAUCCCAUAUUCAAAAGUGAUGAAUGUUCCUAAGUAUCUGUUUCACUUUGAGCUCAGUUUUCUAAGUGGCUUGGAAAACUUCAGAAAAUGUUAUUGAGAAUAUUGCAGCUGCUAUCUCCCGAGUCCCUGUAGCUUCCCAGUACACUUGAGGGCAUUCAGCAUCCAGAAAACGUAAGUGAUAAAUGCACAUGAUAAACCCAAGUAAAUACUCUAGCAGUGUUUUGCAGUUCAAGUUACUGAACCAAAUGUUUACACUUAGAGUAGGAUUAACACUAGGUGUUCUUAGUUUGUUUUUUUUUUAAAGAAAAUAUAAAUAAAAGAAACAAAUCUGCUGGUGAUUGGAGCAUGUUGUGAAUGCACUCAGUGAGAUUUGACCAAGAAGUUUAAGCCUCUGUACCUGAACCAGUCACAAACUGAAUUUCUGAGCACAUUGUACUUGUUCCAUGUGGCUGGGACCAAUUCUCCAGGGAUGCUUUCUGGGGUGCUCAAGAUUUAGGCACUCCUGAGAUCUCAAAACUGGCUUCCUUGGCCUUGCCUAAGGGGAUGGGACCAUUCCCCUUCUGCAUUGUCUGUGGGACUGAUCCAGGAGCUGUUCUAGCCUCUGUGUGUUCAGGAGGGAAGGGAUGUGUCUUCCUGUCUGUCUGUCUGUCUGUCCAGCUCUGAUCUGUGAGUGUGUCCCUUGGAUUGUGCAAUAACCAGGUUCGAUUUCCCUCAGAAUUUGGAGCAAGGCUUAUGGUGUGGUUAUAGUGAAGAACUGUAACCACACCAUAAGUGUGGUUUGAAACCAAGGCUCUCCUUUCUGCAGGGAUUGUACCAGUGGUGGUGUAGGGGUGAAGAGGCAGAGCUCACCCCUGGCUUCUCUUUCUCUUUUCCAAGGGGUGGUUGCCUUCAGAAGGGAGGCUGUGAUGGUCCCAGAGGUGCUGAGAGGAGGGAGGUCACCAGUUUGCUGAGUGUUGAAUGUGCAAACAGCUCUAGAUUGAACUGGGUUCACUGGUAAAUGCCACCACUCAGCUGUCCCUGCUCUCCUGGCACUGUGUAUUCCUGCACAUGAUAGCUGAACAACUCAGGAGUUUUUCUGAGUUGCAGUCCAGGGGUUUUAGGUGGUUUGGCAGCUUAGAACCUUGUUUAAGUUGUCCUUGCUUAGCACAGUGGCCUUAAUUCCUCCCAGCUCAUUGUUGGCACUGACAUUGAGCCAGGUCCUCCACAAGUGACAGUUUGAAUGUGUGUCCUGGCCAGCUGUGCAUGCAGGAUGGGGACUGGCUGGGCCAUCUUGAGCUUGAGGCACUUGGGCUGGGCCUCUGCAUCCAUUUUCCUUUCCCUGCUGAGGAAUUGGACCAACUUCAGCUACUGAAAUCAGAAAAUCACCAAAUACAGGUAGGAAUUGUGGAAGAUGGGAUGAGUGGUGGCUUUUUUCUCCUCUUACUCCAUCCCUUCCCACAAUUCCCCCAAGAAAAGUUUCUUCCUUUUUUUCAUGUGCCACAGAUAAUUUUUGAAAAAUUUUGGAAUUGUCAAUUUUAGGGGGAAAAGUGGGGGAAAAAAUAUACUACUGUAAGCACACAGCAGUGUCCUCUGUGCUUGUUUUACACUUGUAGCCUUGUGGCUGCUCUGCACAGCAGAGAGAGAUUACAGGAGCAAAGGUGUAAAGUGCUGUUGCUCUCAUAAAAUAAAUCCCUUGAGUUUCUGAGGGAGGCACAUGCCUGGCCUGGCUCUGUUCCUUACCUGGCCUUGACAGAUGCUCAUGUUCCUAAAGAGUCAGGGCUGGAUUUCAGAUCCUCUCCCUUGCUGGUUUUAUAACUUGAAUAAGAGGCAUUCUGAAAAGUCUUCUGUUUUGCUGUACCAUAGCAAGGUCUAGUUGUCCUUAAAUAUUUUGUCAGCUAAUCCUUAAAUUUUAGUUAUUGUGAAAGUGUCAACCCAGCUGCUUUUGGUCAAGUGAAUUUCUGUAGCUUUGAGGGUACUUCAUCUUUAAAUUGAAGGCAAAUUAAUACAAAAUUACACAAGAGGACAGAGGUGAAUCUGAAACCAAAAGAAGCUCAAAAUCAGCUCACUGAUAGCUGUGGGCAGGCUGUGUCCCUGGUGUUUGCACAGCACGUGCCAGGCACACAGCCUGCCUUCAGGAGCACAGAUCUUGAUGUGAAAAUAAGGAUUUUAUCAAAGCUACUGAACCGCCUGGCUUCUGAGCUCCCCCUCCAGAACACACCAGGCAGCUUGGGUUGCUUUGCAAUAUUUCUGGUGCCUGCAUGACUCAGUAAAUGCACAAGUACAGAAAGAGGGGUCUGGGGAGGUUUUCCCCUGUUUUAACUGCAGUUUCUCAGUUUGUUCUGUAAAUGCUGUGCAGGGGCUCUGCCACCAUGCAUGUGCCAUGCAGAGUGGAGGAUGCAAUAACAAAUCCAAAUUGUUAAAAGUGCCAAACUUUUGGGUUCUUCUGUGUAUAACAAUAAUUCAACUGUUCUACUAAAAUACAGAUAUGCUUAAAAUUCACUGUGUUCCAAAAAAGAGCAGUGGUUCUUUUUUUUUUAAAUGAAUGCUAUUGGAAGCAAUGUAAAUCUUCUUUUUUUUUUUUUUUUUUAAUACUGUUCUCACAGCUGCCUUGAGUAUCACUCCACGUGAUGCAAAUGGACACUUUGCUCUUUAUUAGAGCACUGGUGCCAUGCAAAUAUAUAAUAAAAGGCAGCUGACAACAGGCUUUAGUAUUUAAAAUUAUAACUGUUCAGAUUAAGUACAAUUUGUUUGCAUUUAUCGACCUGCAGAAUGAAACUGUGCCUCGGGAAAUGUGGCUGUGCCCAGGGACACGGGCAGACAGCAUUGUAACUUAAGUGUGGUUUGGUGCCACUCACAGCAAUGCUUUCCAAGGAAUUAUAUUUAAUUUAGUGUUAAAUGGAUCCUUUCUGCCUCUAAUUUAGCACUGAGGAUUUGGGGGUUGUGUUCUCUUUAGCUCUUUGGAGUACUUAAAUGGCUCCUUCAGGUGGGUGGGAGGGGUGUUAAUUGCAUCCGUGUUUGUAGAAGCUGCUAUUUCCAUCUUCCCAAAGGAGUAUUUCCUGUUCCCGUUCAGGACUGAGUACAGGCCUGUGUUUCAGUCGUCACUGCUGCAGCCUUUUGACAUUUGCCAUUUUCUGAUGCUCUUCCUUGGUUUUUUUUGGAGCUGUGUUUCCAGGGCACAUGGUCUGUGAGAGGAAAGCACAGGGCUUGGGAAGGUGAGCCAGUAAAAGCUAAAGGCAGUGGGGUUUGGGGAAACUCUGCUCAUUUUCUGUGGGGGUCACCUCUGUGUGCUCUGAAGUUCUUUAAUAAGUUUGGCACCUGCUCUCCAUCAUCCCUGUGGGUUUUGGUGUGUUUUUUUUUUUUUUCUUAUUUUUUUUUCCCGGGGAAAUUCCUUGCUGUAGGAAGGAUUGCAGCCAGGGUUUAAGGUGACACCUCUGACCAGCCAUGCCCAGUGUGACUCUGCAGUCUGACUGCUGCUGUGCUCCAGCAAUCAGUUCUCCCAAAAUUUUGAUUAACAUGUUACCUAAAAACAGAGACUAAAGCCAUUCAUAGUGCCCAGCUUGAUAAACACCUGUUUAAAAGGAUUAAGGGUAAUAAGAGUAUUAAACUAUGAGCUACCACCAACAGGUGAUUAUGUUGAAAAUUAAUUGGUGAUACCAAAUCUGAAUAAUAUUUUUUAAUUACUUAUUCUAGGUAGCUGCUUUUUAGUUAUAAAACUAUUUGCAAUACAUAAAGGACUGGUAUAGAAUAAUAUCUGGAGGUUAUUUGAAAUAAUCUAUUGGAAUAUCUUGAAAAGUGAGCUGGAAGAUUGGAGCUUUUCAAUGGAAAAAGGUCAAAUCUUGAUGCCCAGUAGUUUUGCAGGGUUUGUGAGCAGAGAACACUUGCCAGAGCACUUCAGUCCAUGAAGCUGCUCAAUGCCACUGCCUACCUGUGCCCUUGAAUUUGCAUAAUGAAGUGAGGUGGUUCUGAGCCCUGGUAAAAGCUGACAGGUCUGAUUACAAUAAUAGAAAGAAGCAUCCCUUGUGUGUAAUCAGUGUUAUUUUAUUGAUAAAACAUAAAUUAAUUUUUUUUUAAUACUAGGGGGUUUUGAAUUACCACCUGAGGCACUAAUUUAAUUUUUUUUCUUAAUUUAUUUGACUUUCUUCCAUUUCUUUUGAGUUUCUUGCUGAGACAACCUCAGUUUUUGUCGAGGUCAAGUUUCUUUCAUCUGUAGCUCUAAACCCUGUCAGAGCCUGACUGACCUCCUGCCACCAGCUGUGCACUUGUUUCUCAAAUGUCAUUUCUGUGCAUUCUGUUAUUGGGCUGCCAAUUUCAGAACAGGAAAAAAAAAACCCUGUGGAACAAAUUUGUACCUGAUGAAAGCAAAAGCCAUUUUGGAAAGUUUAAAUUUCCAUCUGCAAAACGCAGUGUGCUAUAAAAACCUGAUCCUUGGCUGGGCUUGAGGUUCUCUCCUGGACGACCUCACAUGCAAAAGCUUUGGGUUUUAUUAAUCUGCUUUAUUAAUUUACACAUGAUAGCAGGAAAGCUUUAUCAUCCCUGUCACUUGUUUCACUGUUUUUAUGUAUUAAAAAGCAAAGCCUGCUUAUUUGUUAGAGUGAAUAAAGCAGUGCACAGGGGUAUCUGCUGAGGUGAUCAAGUUAAACACAGCUGACAUUCUGUAAAGCUCUUGCUAUAGUUUCUUUCUGAAGGGAAGCCAGGGAGUGCCCUCUUAAGAAAUACUUUCAAACCCUUUCAGAGCUGGUCUUAAACUAGUGCAAAGGACUCCUCUGGGUUGCAUAGAGAACAUGAAGUCUGUUCUAGCUUUUGUUUGCUUGGGGAAACACCUGCUAAGUCAAUUUUAAGCUUUUUUUUUUUUUUUUUUUUUUUUUAAAUUCUUGACUUCCAAAACCUGAAGUUUGCUUCUUGCAAUUGAAACAUGUUAGUGUUUAAGGGUCUGCAUUUUGCAAUGCAUGGUGAGUGUUCUGUCCUAUCUUGGCUACAUGAUGUAGACAGCAAGCUGUGUUCUGGGGGGCUCCUGGAUGCUCCUUUGCAGUGCUGAGGGGUGGAGAAGGUUCAGUACAAAAUUCUCCUUAUACUGCACAAGCCUUGCUGUGAGUGUCAGGGGGGCAAGAGGCUGGGUUUGGUACAGAACCCAUGGAAUUGCCACCACUGACUGCCCUCAGUGUUUGGACCCUAAAGCCCAUCAGGGGCAGGUCCUGGCUGUUCCAUGCACACAGUUUCCUCUGGCCUCAGGUGUUUUGCUGUUAUUAACAAGAUUUUGCUUUCACUCUCCCUCUGAACACACAGCCUGUGCCCAUGGGCCUGGGAGCACAGCUCCUGUGGGUCAGAGCAGGGUGGCCACACCAACUUGCUCCCUGUGAGAACUCACCCAGGCUUUGCACAUCUCUGCACAUCAGUGUGUGUGGGGACAGUGCUUAGUACACAAUGAAAUGACUUUUCAUGGAGCUUGUAAAACUGCUGCCAGCAGGUCAGAGAUCAGCUGAACCCCUGUGAGCAGAGCUGCAGGCAGAGCAGGUGUAGCCCAGUCCCUUGUGUGUGUCACUGUGGUGGAAGCCUGGCACCCUUGUCCUGGGGGGGAAAACCCCUAUGCCCAGCUACCUCAUUUUUUCUUUCUUUGCACUUUGUCAAAUAUUUUUUGUUUUGUUUUGUUUUAAAUCACAUUUUGUCCUUCAAUUAAAAAAACCUAAAAGCAGACAAGAAGCAGGACAGAAUGGUAUCAUUGCCCAAGGACAGUUUAAUUUCAUUUUAAAUUAAUGUUUCUGUACAAAAAGACCAAGGUUGACCUGCAGCUGCUGUAAAAAGUAAAUAAAAAUUUCUAUUACUUGAUAGUAACUAUUAUACUUGGAAAUGAGAGUAGCAAUUGAAAGGCUGUCCUGAUGAUUUUUAAAUAGGAAGAGAUCUGUUUAAAAAAUAGAAGUCUCUGCUCUUUUAAGGAAAGAUCAAAAAGUUUUCUCUCUUCCUCUACUCUGUUUUGCCUGUGAACUUGAUACAUUAUCUCAAUAGAGAGAUUCACUGAUUUUUCUGUAAUGUCUAAUUAGAUAUUUUUCUGCGGAGUUCCCCAUUUAAUCGCCUGCAGAGGAAAAACUGUUCAAAUCAAUACCCACCUUCCAUACCUGAACUUAUGUCAUUGCCCAUUUCUUUGUGGUCUUCAGGUAUGUGGGGUUUUGCUUAGAUUGAAAAAGUUUUUUAAAAGAUGUCUUUUCUUCUGCUUCUAAAGGUGCUAUUUUGACAUAGAUUUGAAUUCCUUACACUGUGCUUGACUUCUAAAAGUACCAAUAUAAGCUGGUAAUCAGCUUGUGUUUGUUCUGUGGAGUUUUUCUUUGAGUAUUCAAUCUCUAUUUUGAAAGGCAUCCCUUUUCAUAAAGAUGGCUUCCAAACUGUCAAAGGCCUUAAUAAUACAAAAUGUAAUGGGAAAAUGCUACCUUUUUCCUUUCUUUGUAAAAGCAAAGCCAAGAAAUGCUUCAUGGAGAACAUCUUCCUCUAAAAUUUUGAGGAGCAGCUCAUAUAACUUUGACUUCAAUGUAGCAAACAUUUUAGUGGCCAUGCACAAAUAGUAGGGGUGAAACAAGGAGCUAUUCAUAACUCUGCAGACUGUACCAAUUAGCUGCUAAUUCCAGAGCCUUCCAUUAGCAUCAUGGUGGCUAUUCCAUAAAUAUUAAUCUUGCCAGGACGUGGCUGUGUGUCUGGGACAGGCUGACCCAUGUGGCUGGCACAUCUGGGAUGUUGGGCCUGGUGUGGGGUUUGUCUCAGACCCCUCCUGCUCAGCCCCCAGGGUUUGGGUGCCACAGGUGCUCAAGGAAGGAGGAGGGAAGCUGCAAGUGCUGCCAUUGCAGUGACAUUGGGCACUCUGAGGAGUGGCUCUUGCAGACACAAGUCGUGGAGGAGAGAGCUGAAUCUUAGUCCUGCAUAGGAGCUUUGUUCUCCUUUUUGUGCUGUCUUUAUUUUUGUUUGAUCUGUAUCAUCAGUUUGGUUUAGGCAUUUGGUAACACUGCUACAGGAAGGUUUUUCUUUCUCUGAAGCACAUAAAGUCCUACUCCUGCCCUGUCUGAAGCAGCAGGAAGGAUCAAGGGUUGAUGUUUGAAUUUGUCCCAUCUCAGAGAGCAGGUUAUUUAUUGCCUUCUCCUGGGCUCUGCAGUCCCAGUGCUGUAGCAUUUCUCAGUUGUGUUACUCUAAGAGCCCUUUAGCCUUUUGAAAAGAGUCCAGAGACUGCCUUGUCCUUCCCCUCCUUCUCACAUUGGGUGCUGUCCUCUGGACCAUCCAAACUCAUCCAGGCUGUCACUGCAGAGGAGCCACCGGUUGGUGGCCUCACAGGAGUAUCUGUGUUACCUGCAGUGCUUCUGAAAAACAGCUGAUAAAUGAGGGGCCAUGGAGAAACCCUACUGAGCUUGCAAAUUCCUGAUCCUCUCAUUCUAGAGAAGGCUGAGGAGCAGCAUCAUUCCUUGCCUUGCAGCUGCUCCCUGCUGCACAGGUAAGGAUGAGUCCACACUGUUCCUUAUGAUAUAAACAUUUAUGGGCUGUUAUAGGAGAUCUACUAUUUUGCAUUUGUUGUAUUUAAAUCUGAAACUUCUGGAGCUAUGUCUGCAGUGUGGAACCACAGGUACUGGCCUAUAGAGCUGGGGAGCUACUGGCCAUCUGUUUUUCCACUGCACUUUUUUCUUUUUUUGAGAAACCAGAGAUGUGAAACUGCAUCCCAGUUCGUAUGCUCACUGCUUCAUAGUCCAGAGUGGGACCCUGAUAAGCUGGAAUUGUUUUACCUUCAGGAGGAAAAACUAAAAUUUCUUCACAUUAGAUGCUCUAUCUUCAGAGUUUUCCCUUGGUAAAUCAUAUUUAUUGAGUCUCAUGAAUCUUGUGGGAUUGGGUUAAAGAAUAUGAAUAUGUAUUAUAAGAAUAAUAACUAGAGUGCUUAGUCUGACUUUGUACAGUUCAAAUAGUCUCUUAUAUCUUAAGAGAAUGAAACAGCUAUUGAAUAAUCCAAUUAUGAUAUCUGUAUUCUAUGAACCAAGUAAUAGGAGGGUGUUGGAAUGUGAUGUCACAUUGCUGCCACUCUCCUAAAGGUUCAAUGUUCUGUCAAAUCUAAGGUCUUGAUAAUUACCAGGAUAUUGUCAGAAUAUAUUGCCACCUUUUCUACAAAAGGCACAUUGGUGUGGUGAGGUAAAAGCACUCACCUUUUCUUUACUAUCUGUGGCAUGCAGCUGGACAGCAAGGGUUACCCCAUCAUCCAGCUGUCCUGCUCUGACUCCUCUAUUACAGAUGUGGUUACUGUUACAGGCUUUUUAUGUGUGUACCUGUUCUGUGGGUCCUUCUGUGCUUUGUGUGGGAAUGGAGUUUUGCCUUUUAUCUGUGCCCCCCAAAACCUUUAGAAAUUAAUUGAUUAAUCACUCGGGGGCAGGGUUUGGAAUGCUCUGAUCGGAGUACGUUGAGUUACUUCUGUUUAAAACAGGGAAAAAUAAGACAUAAAUGCUCUUUGACCUCAAUCAAACUAUGCAAUACAGCACACCAGAGAGCUGAAUUCCUUGUGGUACAGAAGUGCAGCUCCAGUGCCCUUCCAAACCCAGUCCUUGGUCCAAGGUUAGGAGAGCUUGUACUCAAUGGCUGCCCAAGAAUCUCGUUUCCAGAUCAACUCUAGUUCACUGCUUUUGCUCCUGUCCCCUUGCCUGGCCCAGCAGUUUAGCUGGGUCAGGUUGUUGGGUGUUUUGGCUCGGGAUGAUGUGAUCUCCAUGUGUGUCCCUCCUGUUGUCCCAUGGUGUUGUCAGCUGGAGCUUGUCCUGUAACCCCCCAGUGCCGCUUUACCACAUUUGCACCUCCCUGCCCUAGAGCAUGGCAGGUGUUUGGGGUUUGCUGUGCCCCCUGGGUUGGUGUUGUCUUGCUUUCCCUGUGUCAGUCAGUUGUGGAUCUGGUGCUUACAGUAAAGAAUCCCUGUGAUGUCUCCAAUCAGUCCAAGUACGUUUUCAUUUCUGCUGCUUCUGUGUGAGUUUGGUUUUUUUGCUUCUGUGGCAAUUCAGUGAUAAAUGCCCAUGUGGUCAGGACUGCUGGUAAAGGUUCUUUGUUCUCCCAUUGCUUCAUUUUUCCAAUGAAAUUUGUUCCUUGUGUUCCUCUUCUCCCCCUGUUAAAAACGGGUACAGUUUUUCCUGGUUCUGCCUCCCGUGAGGAGCUCUCCUCUCCCAGGUGAUCCUGAAUUCUUCAUUUACUUAACCCACCCAGGACCUCGUACAGUUUCUGCCUCCUAUUUUCUAUUUUGUCUCUCUUUAAUUCAGAUUGACCUCGAUUUCUUUCUCUGAUUCCAAGCAGGGAUUUUGGUGCAUAGCCUGGGAGACCAGCAGGAAAGCUCUCUCUGUGUACAUCCAUUCCCUCCCCAGCACAUGCAGUGUAAGGGGCUCAGCCUGUUCCAUUCCUUCCCCCAGGUUUUUCCUAGUGCUAAGCAGACCACAGGCUGAAGCCAUUUCUUAUUUCUUUUGGUAACUGAAAAUAUUAGGAGAUUUUCUUCUUCAGAAAUAGCCACUGCAGAUGGGCAGCUGGCAUGAGAGAGGGUUGUUAUGCUUCCAUAUUCAGUAUUUUUAAUUGAGGAACAAAUAAUUUAUUUUGGGGAAAAAUGUAAAUUUUUUUGUAUUUGUACGUCAAAGUGGCCUUUAUAGAAAAGCACAUAAAAUAUUUAGAUUAAAAUUGCUUAGUUGUGUAAUUUCAGUGGGGAUUUUUGUAUUGACAGGGUUUCUAUGCAUUUUUCAAAAUAUACUUGCUGUUUUGUGUUAGAAUUAUUGGAAAUCUUUUAAAAAACAUAUAUUACCACAUUUUCCAUGGUUGAUCCCUUUACUAUCAUUCCUUUUGAAUACUAAAAAGAUUUUAAUUAACCCUGUAAAUUAAUUUUCCCCACAAAUAUUUGCAUUAAGUCAAUAUAAUGAGUUAUAGCAUGGGUAUGUAGCUUUAAGGGAAUAAGCCUAGUAGUGCAGCUUAAUUCUGGAGAGAUGUGUUUGCAGAAGGGUGGUACAGCAGCAGGUUUCAAUUGCACUUAAAACACUAAAUUAGGAAAUUAAGUUUUUGCUGUACCUCACUAGGGUUUUAUUAAACAUGUCCAUCCUGUAUUGUUUACACUUGAGCAUUAUUUAACUAUGUAUUAUUUGUGCAGUUUGCAGUUCUCUGUUCUGUCAGGAUUAUGUGAACAUUAACAGGUAGGAAAAGUUCUGGAGUGUGUGGUGUCCUCAUGGGUUUGGUGUGAGUUUGGGGAGGGAGGAGAGAGGAAAGUUAGAUACAUUAGUGUAUUUUUCCAUUUAAUUAUGUACACAUUUUCACAUUAGAUGAGACUGAAUAACUGAAGUUACAAUUGAACUGUGAGUAAAAUCAGUGGUUUGGGGGUGGGGGAAAUGAAGGGGUUGCAGAACUUCAGGCAAAAACCCUUCAGUUGCACUGUGGUACAACUGCCCUGACUGCCUGUGCAAAGCACAGCCCGAGGGGACACAUCAGACCCAUCCAUUUUUCUGGUUUUACUUUCUCUUCUCAAGGUGUUGCUGCAAGGUUUGCUAAGUAGGACCUUCCCAGAAAUGUCUAUCAACUGAGACUUGAGUUUUAUCAUUUUAUGUUUGUAGUUUUAAUUUUUGUUCUUGUUUCUGUUUCAUAGGAGAUCCCACACGUUCACAGGUUAGUGUAAGUGCAGGCUUUCAGGUGUAGCACCAAACGAGCGUUUCAUGCAACCAUGCAUUCUGUAAUUAAAGAAAAAUGUGCAAUUCUAAUGGCACUUUGACCCAUUGCUGAAACACUGGGUUUUGCAAUUAAACAAACUCAAAAAUUGAAAACACUCUGUGACUUUAUUAGAUGUCUUGAAGGUGAAGCAAAAGGCAGUUACUCCAGUUGUACCCAUGAUAAUUCGGUAUUAUUUUUUUUUUUUUUUAAUAUAGUUUUAUGGUCUGUUUUUAGAAAAACACUCAUUUCUUGGUUUACUUUAGUUGCCAUAAAUUGCCCAGUGCAGAGUCUGGUCCACCUCCAUUCGUUUAUUUUCAUGGAAUAGUUGCACAAAAACUGGUAACAGCAAAGUAGGAAAGCUCUUUGGUUACUCACCAGUAGCUUCCCUUGCAGAAUUGCUUUGUGGCUCACACGUGGUAUGAAAAGGGACACGGGAAUUUUCCUGGAUUCAGUAGCACUCGCUUUGUUUACGUGUUCAGUAGAACAUUGGGUGACUAAAGGGAGGCUCCCUUUUUAAAGUAUUUGACUUGUGCUUUGAGGACUUAGUUGCCACUGUGCAAAUUGUGCUGUAAUAUUGUACCAAGGAUCAGUGAAAGUGUUUUAUCUUUUUUAAUGUCGUUUGUAUUUGACCGGGUUUUAUAAAUGUAAGAGAACAGAGUGUUGUAUUUUGAUCUGAAAUUUGCGUAUGGUAAAAGUAACUUUGCUUUAUGUAUUGGAGGUUUGUUCAGAACUUGAAUCAUUUUAUAGAAGGGUACAGACCAAAAUUAAUUGUCUUAAAGGUGUUUAAUAAAUUAACCAAAUAAAACAUUGAUUGUUUGAAAA